CUGAUAUUAGGCUUACAACAGGCCGGCACCGAUUAUAAAAGAAUCUGGAAGGGUUACCAACUUUCCUCCGAUCCUAUUCAUUCCUUGACUCCCAUGGAAGGCAUCUGCAUUCAAAGAAAGGAUAAGAAAAUAAGCAACUGUAGAAGGGAAAGAAGCUUUUUUGAAAUGUUUGUCUCCAAAGAUGAUUCCUUUCAUCUAUGUAAUAGUGCAAGCCUGGGCUUCCUUUAUUCCAUCUUCCCUGUCUCCAAUUCACACCUUUAAGCCCUUUUCCCCCCAUUACAAAUCUUGAGGAAAGCUCUGAAUCUGCAGCAGAAUUAGAAAUGGAAAGAAACUAUGGCUUUCUGGUUUGCAUUUUGGUAUUGGUAAUCGACGCUGUUGCCGGACUACUCGGCAUUGAAGCUGAAAAGGCUCAGAAUCGGGUGGUACUUGAAUCUCUUAGCAUUUCGUUGGGUGAAUGCAGCAGAAAGCCGAGAGAUGAUGCUUUUAGUCGGGGGCUGGCUGCAUCCAUUCUUCUUGGUCUUGCUCAUGUCAUUGCUAAAGUGCUUGGUGGGUGCAAGUGCAUUUGCAUUAGGAAUAAGCAAAAUUCUCAAGAACCAAGUGCAAACCAGCUAUUGGGAUCGCUCUUCAUGAUUCUCUCAUGGAUUACUUUAGCUAUUGGGUUCUCGGUGUUGAUGGCUGCAACGAUGGACAACUCCAAGUGGAAAAACUCUUGUGAGAUAUCAAGUCAUGGCCUAUUUUUGGGUGGUGGGAUUGUGUGUUUCUUUCAUGGGCUCUGUACCGUGGCUUAUUAUGUUUCUGCAACAGCAGCCUAUAGAGAAGAACAGAGGGAUUCCAAACCAAUUCCUGAACCACAACGUGUAUAACCCAAUUGAUACCAGUUUCCUGUAAUGACAAUACAACCUCUAAUUUAUUAAUUUUAAGAGAUUUUGAGUCCA